GAUUUAUCAAUAAAAAUGCAAAUAUAAACUCAGCCACAACUACAAGGCCCAAAAGUUGAUUCAUAGCUCAUAUACUUCAAACCAGUAAGCGUUAAACCUACUAAAUUUUUAUAAAAUAUUAUGGCUAAAGAACUGUCGUUUCUUAGUGAACUAAAAGCGACGGGCCAUGGUGAAGUAUGGGACCACACCACAGAUCGCAAUAAAUUUCGACAGUUUGGUUGGAGAUGUACAACAAAUGAAACGGCGUAUUCAAAUGAUACUUUAAUUGGGAAUUGGAAUGAACAGAGAUUCGAUAUUCAUAGGAUGUUUCAACGACAGCCGAUACCGUCUUCUGUAAGUUACAAACUCAAAAUUUAUAGUGAAUUUUUUAAUGUCCAAAACAUUUAUUAUGGCAUUUAUUACAUAAUGUCUCAAUCAAUUCAAUUCCAUGGGUGCCCAUUCCUCCCCGGGCGUUUGUCGGGCAUUUGUCAUUUUGGGGAAAAAACGUUGCAAAUGCACCACCACGGGGUCAAAAUAAUCCAACAAAAUCCCCACCAUUGGGGACUUACAUUGACCCAAAUGCCCCACCACAGAGUAACGACACACAGAAGGUCGACUCGAGUAAUCGCGGCCACGCCAUGAUUCAUCAUAAAAAUGCUGACGCCAUCAGCCUAGCCAGUGCGCAUUUGAGAGGCAUUCCCCCCUGGACAUCUGCCAUUUUGAAUAUUAUCAGGGGGUGAAUGCCUCUCAAAUGCACAUUUUGAUGACGAAUUACGGUUACACCAAAAUCAUUGGAAAAUCAUUAAGGAAAAACCAAGAAGUCGGGCUUCUGAGGAUUUCUGAAACAAAAAAUUGAAUGCUGGCUCUAUCUCAUAUCAAUAUAUCUGUAUUUAAAGUCGAUUCCGUAGUUAUAAUAUAAACAAACUCUGUACUCUGUACGUGAAAAUCCUUCAUGUCCGCCAUCAGGCCUCGAAAUAAAUCUGGUCAUUAUACCGGUCAUUAAUAUGACCGGUGGAUCACUAAAUUUGACUGGUCAACUAAAUUUGACUGGUCACAGCGGAAUUUAUGCAUGCUGGUCAUUGUCACACCUUAGCUUUGGAAUCCUGUGACGACUGAAUUGCUCCUUCAACUUCUUAACAACUGCCGUCGUUAUAUUAAGUCGCAAGUGACAACUGCAGAGUGCAGUUUGAGUCGCGAGCAUGCUUUUAAAAGGCUGCAUUCCAUUUACACGUUUUAAGGGUUUUGGCAUACGCACCUAAAAGUUGAAAUCGCUUUACAUCCUACUUAAUAGUGAAAUAACUAAAUUGGUAAAAGGACAACAUUCAGUUUUGUCAUAGUUAAUAGAGGUUUUGUAUUAUAUUAACUAUGGUUUUGUGUAUGCAUGAUUUAAUGUGCAUUUGUUAAGGUUAUAUUUGUGUGACAAAUGUUGCAGUUUCACACCAUUGUGCACCAGACAUGUCCAUGCAGCGCACAUGCAUCGACCUUUUUAUUCCAUACUCACGGUUACCAGAUGCUUCAUUAGGCCCCAGUUUCAUAGUUUCAAUUUUGCUGCACAUGUAUCAAUCUUUUUAUUCCAUACUGGCUACCAGAUGGUACUUUGAGCUUAACUUCUAAUACAUGUUAUCGAAAAAGUAGUUCCAGCAAAGAGCUGAUGUGAGCAGCAAAAUUACGUUCACUUGCAAUAUUGUAACUGUGAUUGUAACAUUCUGUGGCGUAGUUAAUUUUCAUUAAAUUUUGGUCAUAUCUAUAAGGCAAGGAAAAAAACAUUGGAUGGACUGAUGAAACGAAUAAUUUAAGACAGACGGUCAGACAAAAACGAUAAAACGUGGACAGUCAAACAAAAAUGAUACACGCAGACGGUCAGACAAAAAUGAUGAAAAACGCAGACGGUGAGACAAAAAUGAUAAAACGCAGACGGUGAGACAAAAAUGAUGAAAAACGCAGAUGGUCAGGCAAAAACGAUAAAAUGCAAAUGGUCAGACAAAAACGAUAUUACGCAGACGGUCAGAAAACAACGAUAAAACGCAGAUGGUUAGACAAAAACGGUGGCGUGCCGGCAGACGAAAAUGAUAAAACGCAAUAAAACGUGGACGCGGUCAGACAGAACGAUAAUACGCAAUAAAACGUGGACGCGGUCAGACAGAACGAUAAUACGAGCAUGGACAAACCAUGACAUUGCCAUUGGUAUACACUGUGCUCUAUAUCUUUCCGAAGCAGCAGCAACACAAAAUGAACAUCUCGUGGCUUGUCGUCACCGGCUAUAUAAUAGAGACCUUACGAUUUUAGGACGGCAACCGCGACGGCCAAAACAAACUCCUUGAAAUACAUGGUAGUCGAUAGUUCGUCGUAUAUUAUCAGUCGUAUGAAUUUAAUACAGUUUUAGAAGUUGAAGACAUGGGUUUUAUGUUUGGGAAGAGUUCUGCUAAACCAAGUUUGAAGUUGCACUUGUUGUGGCUUGGAAUGCAGCCGUUGUAUCAACACGUGAAAAUCUGUGAUUUAAUUGGCGUUGUAAACAGAGCGAGGACAAUGUCUAAAUUAUUCAUUUAUUGUAAUUACUCAAUUCUUUUCAAUAAUCGAUAGAUAGAUAGAUAGAUAGUUUAUUGAAAUUUACAUUGCAGCCAUAAGCUGAAUUAAGUAAAAUUUACAAGAAUUGAUAAAAGAGAGGAUCUUAAAACAUGUUGGAGAAUUCCACUAUGCAUUAUAUAUGUACAAGUUAGAAAAUACAAUACCUAGAUGCUAAUUAUGCCUAAAUUAGGUUACGGUAAAAACUAUUUCUGAAAUGGUUCAUUGUUUAAAACAGUUCUUGAACUGAUCGUGUUUAUACUUAGAUUGCCUAAUACUAUUGUUAAUUAUGCCUUAAUUGAAUUACUGAUGAUAAAACUAUUUCUAUAACGGUUCGUUAUUACUCUAUUGUAUUGGUAACCGUCGCCGUCGCGGUUGCCGUCCUAAAAUCGUAAGGUCUCUAAUUAAUUUAUGAAUCUUUAUGGCAUGAUUCCGAUCCAACUUAGAGUGUAUCUCUGAUAAUACCUUACAGAAUAUCUAAAUUUUGUCAUCCUGCAAUCAGUUGUCUUACAACUAAAAUCUGAUAGUAUAUUAUUCAGAAUAUUUUUGAGAGGCUGAGAACCGAUAUCGAUCGUAAUAGCAAGUUUGAUCAAGUUUAGUCAUGCUUUUUCUUUUGUAGUAUGCACAUUAUUUUGAAACGACAUACGUAGCUGGCCAUGGUCCAAAAAAGCCGAAGAAGAUUCCUGCAUCUUUAAGAAGUAUUCAAGGUAUACUGAUACCGCGAGUGUGCACUAAUUACAACACACUGCCCUUAAGGUGGCACCCUACAGUUGAAACAGCAGCGAAAAAUAAGAUCUUCACAAUGACGAAAAAUAUUUGCUUAUGUGAAAUGGGGAUAUUUUUUGGAAGUAGAAACGCCGUAAUUGUUGGAAAGAAGCAAAUUGUGUGUUGGUAUGGUAAAAUGUGGCCUAAGGCUAAGCGCACGGAAGAAGUUAUUUCGCUCACCUCAGAAUGACAUUUCGUCAAACUCUUUUCUUCAAGAUUGGUUUAGAAACAAACCUGAGAGUAGGGUUAGGUGUUGGUGUCAGUUGUGUAAUAUGAAAUAACAAUCAUCAUUGAUAGCAUGACUUUCUUUUCUACGUGUGGCAGUGUGUAAAACUUGUUUGCAGAAAUAUAUUUCACUUUCUUUAUAGUUAGUACUUUACCGUUGUUCGUUUUUUUUGUGACUUGAGACAGUCACUACUAUGACCAUGUAUAGUUUUGCUGAAAGUACACACUUUGGAAAUUGAACUUUGGCAGGAAAUAUUUUGCGUCUGGAAGCCUGCUGCCAGGAAGAAAAAUAUUUUAUCAAGGCCUGGCGUCAUCAUACUAAUUAUCGAGUAUCAAUUUGAUCGCUCUGCGGUAAAUUGCAAUUUCUUUCAGUAAUACAUGUCAAAUGUAAGGCCACGAGCGUUUAGGCACUCAUUCCAAUGAAGAGCAUUGCGCUUUCGUUGGCGUCUUAAACAACACGAAAUAGUUCGAUGUAUAUAUGCCUAUACAUGCAAGUAGUUGUUUCGGCUCCGAUCUGCGUCUAUAUUGAAAGCGUCAAGUUCGAAAGCAGCACCUUCCUUGCGAUAGUACGGCCUGCUCUACUUACUUAAUUAUUACUACCCUCUAUUACUAUCAUACUUUCUAAUAUCAAGUAUAUAUUCUGUCAUUAACACAGGUCGAGAGCCAACAGCGUAUCCUGGACAUCAACCAGAACUUGAUUCACCAGUAAUUAAAUCUCAAUAUAAUUCAUUUAUAACUACAUCAAGAGAAGCAUACAGGCCUCCGAAUGAGCUGAGAAACAGACAACUAUACAGCGCUAAGCAAGUAGAUAAUAUUAAUACUUCUCAAUAGACAACAGUUUAAUUCAACUGACAUUGGAAAUGUAAAACCAAAUGCCAACAUUAGUAAUUACAGUACUUAUAAUAAUUAUUUAAUUUUUUCGAUUUCUUUUUUUAAUUGCUAAUCUAAUGUUCUGCAAUAUAGUGGAUUUGAAUGUAACAAGCACGAAUUUAAUAGAUAUAUUAUUUAGCUAAAAAAUACCCGCAAGCCUGACACCUUUAUUCAUCAUUUCAGGGUUUGCAGAAAUUUAAUUGUGUGGUUGAUUUGAUGUGAGCUUGCACUACAAGCUAGGGAAUGACAAAUAAUCCCAAUACUACAAAUUGAAAUGACUGCACUACUUUUAAUGAAACAAGUUUUUAAAUAGCAUUCAUCAAUAAUUUAUACAUACAUUAUUAAUUAAUAUAAAAGUUACUAGCUAUAAAUAAAAUAUAAAUCACUAUUUAUUAAAUUUAAUACGCUAAUUAUGCGUAUAUACCUGUGAAAUCUGCGCGCAACAAAAUACCUUAUAGUUAUAUAGUGAUACGCCUGCAUGUGAAAGAAACGCGCAUUGUUAACAUGUAAGAUAAUUAACUUUACAACAUUUGCAGAAUGGAAUAUAUAAUAAAUGCUUCUAAAUAUAAAAUGGUAUAAACGAUCUCAUGACUAAAUGUUAAGUUGCUCUCGCACGCUUCGAUUUGUCGUGUACGAUUUGACGGGUUUGUAUUCUGGUGGCGUACUGUAUGUAAUCGAAUAAGCACGUGUGAAGUAGUUGUAUUUCAAGUUUCGCUGUAAACUAAACAAAGAGGAAUUGUGACGUCAGCAAUAAUUUUGAUUCGCCAGAAUAUGAAUCGUGACAAAUCGUAAUCGUGUAAACGUAACCCUCACAUAUAAGUCGAAAAAGAGAGUUUAAUGGAAUUGCAUGGGAAUGCUAUGCACUCUGCAUGCACUUCAUCCAAAACCGUCAACUGAAAUGGCCAUUAUGAUAUUUACAGCAACAUGCAUGCGCUGCUGUACAGUACUGUACUUGAAUUCACUUACUACACGUAUUAUUUUAUACUAUAUACAUCCUUACGAGGUUUUAACUUCAUAAUUCUGUAUGAAUUAUUCCUGCAACAUGUCUUCGUUUUCUAUUGUUGGGGUAGGUCAGCUGGAAACGAACUUUGUCCAAAGAACUCUAAAGUAAAACAGUUAUAUUUAUUAAGCCAUCAUCGUUAACGUUAUCAAAAAGCUAGGAACAAACAGUGUGAAUAAAACCUGAUCUCAUGCAG